AGGAGGGAGGCGAGCUAGAGAGCAGCAGAGAGAGAGGGAGAGGCAGGCAGGCAGGCAGGCUGCCGCUAUCAGGGAAUACUGGUGCCAUUUUCAGCAUCGCAGGGUAAAAGGAUUGAGCCUCGCCGCUGUCACUCGGCUCGGCUCGACUCAGCUUAGCUCGCCUCGGCUCAGAACCACUGAACAAGAGGGAGAUUGGAGGGACAACAAAAGGAGGAGAGAACGGCUGACCCCUAACAGAACCCUAACCCCCCUCCCCCUUUCCCAUCUCACCUCACCUCCCCCUCCCUGCUCUGGCUACAGACAGAGAGAGUUAUGCAGUCCUUCCGUGAGCGCAGCGGUGGUUACCACAGCAACCAACCCUGCUACCAGCAGGAACCCCAUGAAUUAUCCCGCCUGGAGACCUACCGGCAACACCCGCAUCAUCCCCACCCCCAGCACCCACACCCAGGCCCUGGACCACAUCCUGGCCCAGGUCCAGGGCAUGCUAGGCCAGGUUAUGAGGCUCAUCAACUGGCGAAUCCAACUAACUUGCCCUCAGCUGGAGGACCAGGGGGACCCAAGGACUGUUACAGCCAGCAAGCUUAUGCUGGAUAUCCAGGCAACGGUGGAGGGAAUGGGAGUGGAAGUGGGGGCUCAGCACCCCAACAAGCAAAGAAACCAUACAGAGGGAGCAAAGUGCCCCCACCAAACCCUGGUCAGCACCUGCAGGGUCCUGGGGGCUACAGUAAUCACAUGGGCCCUGGGAAUUAUUCAGCCCAGUAUAUGAGUGAGGGGCACCUCCAGCAGAAAUGGGAAGACUCUGCUCAGUUAGCACAGUAUGACCAGGAGAUGGUGGGACGUAUGGAGGCUGGCGGUACACCUGCACCUGGCUCAUCCCAGUACAUGGACCAGAAUAUGCUAGGUCACUCUCAGACCCAGUGCCACCAGCCCUCCACCCCUGCCUAUACAAGCCCCCAUCACCAGCCCCACCCAACUAACCCUUCACCCUCCCCUCUCAUGUACCCCCAGAGUCACAUGCACUACCCUCAGCACUCGCCCUCACCCUCACCAUACAUGGAAAAAUGCAACCCUAUGCCUCACUGUUACAAAGGUUAUAACAUGCCCCCCAAUUCCCAGUACAGCAGACAAAUGAGCAGCCACAGCAAUCUGAAGCAGGGGGGUUACAGGACAACACAGAACAGUUAUGGCUACCAGCAGCCUACCUCCAGAGGUUAUGAGCAGCAGCCCCCUUUACAGGCCAUGACCAACCCCCAAGAAGCCCACCCUAAAUACCAACACUACAGCCAAACCCAACAAAACUACUGUCUCUCAGAACUGUCUGUCAGAUCACCAGAGCAGUAUUAUCAGACCUGUAGCCCCUCCUCAAGUCAUUCUCCUGCACGUUCUGUAGGCCGUUCCCCGUCAUACAGCUCAACCCCUUCACCCCUCAUGACAAAUCCAGAGUCCUUCCAAUAUGCCCAACCUCCCAUGACCCCAGGAGCAGCCUCAUCUUCAUCAUCCUCCUCAGGUGGAAUGCAGGAGCAGGGGAAUACCAACGCUAUGUUAAUGCCCCCACGUUCUCAUCCAUCACCCAAUGUGUCCCAUGCUGCUCCCCACAGCUAUACUACAACACCGCAGAUUCCGACCAUGAAGGAACGCUUUUCAGAAAAGCUUCUAUCAAAUCCCAGCUUGUGGAGCCUAAAUGCCCUCACCUCUCAGGUAGAGAAUAUUUCUAAUAAUGUCCAACAGCUACUGCUCUCUGAGGCCCUGGUGGCAAACAAAAAAGGUGGUAAGCGCAGCAGUGGAGGGAGCAACAGCAGUGCAGGUAGUGGAGUAUCCUCUAAAAAGGGUGAUGAGUAUAAAAGUCCUCCAUACUCAGAUGGCAGUGGUGGUAGUAUUGGUGGAGGCCCCAUGCAAGACCCUUAUUCUACUCCACAGCAUCAGCCACUGCCCAUGGAACUCCAUGAAGGAGGCUACUCAAGCAGCAGUGAUGAACAACUGGAAAGAGGCUAUUACUACUGUGGCCAAGGCAGGAGUCCAGCACAGGCCCCAAACAACACACACCUCAGCCUGGACACAGCUUCUUCAUGUUCCAUAACAUCUCCAGAUGAUAUGUCCACCAGAUCUGGAGACUCAGGUCUACACAACCUUACUCCUGACCCAACUAGAUGUCAGUCAGUGCAAGGGGGGGAUGGUAUGAGUACUCCAGUGAAGAGCAUAGGUGAUGAGCGAUCUCCUACAAGCAUUACAAUCCCAAGUCCACUGAAACAAGAAGGUGAUUCUCCAUCAGAUAUCCAACAUAUCAAUGAGCCCGUCAAAGAGAACUUUGAAGAAUCAGCCUGGACAGAGAAAUCAACGGAUAAAGAGGAGGUGACAACAGAAAAAACCUCAGAACUUGAGAUAGACUCAGAUACAACUAAAUGUACAGAGAAGUUGGAGAAUUGGACAGAGGAUGAAAAAAGAUCAGCUCUCUAUAGCAAUGUAAACAAAGAAGUGACUGAAAAAGACUAUUGCUAUGACGACACACUAUACCAAGGGGUCCAGAGCAAAUAUGACCCUGAGGCAAGAGACUCAGUUGAACAGUCUCCAUCUGCGCUAUCUGAUUCCAGCCAUAAGGAACACUUAGGCCAUGGGAUGAAAUCAGAGGCAUUCAAAUCUGAGUCGCCAACUGCUUCUGAAAGCUCAGUAAAAACAUUGCCUUUUAUAUCUAGGGGUGACCUUGAACAUGAUCAAUAUUCCACUGAGAAGGAGGACAGCUCAGAAAACACAUCUCCAACCCCUCAAGUUGAGGCAUUGGAUGAGAGCAACACAGACAAAAAAGACAGCAGAGAUGGGGAAGAUGAAGAGGAGGGAGGGGAGGAGAGAGAAGAAGAGGCUGAUGAAGAGGAGGAAGACACACAAAAACAACAGCCACACACUCUCUCUCCUCCUCCAUCUGCAGAGGAUAGGGAGGAACUUGGGGAGGGGGAAACGGUCGGUCAGUCACUGACUGAGGAGCACUUGAAUAAUAGAGAAGGGCUAGAGAAGGCUUCUGGAGAACUCUGUAGUAGGACAGAGAGUCUGAGUACUGACCUCCAUACUGACAAGGAGUUUGCAGGGGCACCCGCUCAUCCAAAUGCAGCAGCAGCAACAGCAGCAGCGGCAGAUGCUACUGCAAGAGUUUCAGCUAUUGGAGACACGGCUCCUCAGCCUCAGUCUGCCAUGCCAGUCUUCUCAUCUCUAAAUGACAAAGCAACACCUCCAGCUCAGGCCAGGGAUCAUAUUGAUCACAGUGAUGCUAAAGUGCUGGAGCCAGACUCUCCUCAGCUGCCAGGAAAGUCAAUACUUCCCUCAGCCCCCUCCUGGGCAGACACUCCACCCUCUCCUAAGAAAGGUGAUGAGGACAUGGAGCCAGGCAUCAGCUGUGCCAGUGCUGUGACCCCCUUGGCCAAGACAGAGCCUGUGGUCCCAUCUGCUCAGCCAAGGGCAUUUGGACGUAAGCAUGCCAGGGGCAGAAGGAGAAUCAUGCAUUCAGGUUUGGGGAUAAGACGCCAGUUAAGCUUGGAGACAGAAGGAGAAAAAGAAGAGGAAGCAGCCCCUUCACCUACACAGAAACCCUGUAUGCCUCCAAGCAAAACUGUACUAUUCUCAGAUCAAAUGGACCUUGCUCAUCAGGAAUCUAUUGUCAGUCAGACUCCCAAAAUGAUAAAUGAUGGAUUUCGUUCAAGAAUGUGCACACGCUCAUUCAAUGCCCCGGAUUUACCACCAAAAGAUAAGCCUCAUGUGAAAAGAAAACCAGGCCCAAAACCAGGAUCUAAGCCCGGGCCCAAACCAGGUCCAAAACCUGGACCAAAACCAGGUCCAAAACCUGGUGCAAAGCCAGGACCUAAACCAGGUCCCAAGCCUGGCCUAAAACCUGGGCCAAAACCUGGACCUAAAUCAGGACCAAAACCAGGACCAAAACCUGUGCCAAUUGUACCAGAGGUGCCACCAAAAAUUGAGCAUCCUGUGAAACGAAAGCCAGGACCAAAACCUGGACCAAAACCUGGAGUAAAACCUGGAACAAAACCAGCAUUAAAGCCAGGUCCAAAACCAGGACCUAAACCUGGACCUAAACCUGGAGAUACUUUGUCUCCCUCUGACAUUGUACCCAUAAAGGCCCCAGUGGGUCGACCUAAAGGCUCAGUUUCUAAAGCAAAAAUAGUACAAGAAGAAAACAUCCAACCACUUACAAUAUCACAAAGUAGGCGAAAGAAGAGCCUUAAACCAACAAUAUCGCAGGGAAACCAGGACGUUAAACCAGAAAACUUAGAAGAAAAAGAAGCCAACCGUGAAAUAAAAGCACCACAGAGGGAAAGUAAGAACAUGGUCCUUAGAUCCAGAAAACCUUCACAGGAAAAAAUAUCAAAAGAAAAAGGAAAGAUAAAUGGGGAAGAUAUUGUAACUCCGAUUCCAGAAGAAACUAAAGUCACUGGUGUUUCUCUGAAACUAGAGGAGACCUUACCUGCAGUACAGACUCUCGUAGCAAUCACUAAUGAAGUUAAAGAGACAGACAUUUCAGCAGAUACCCCCGAGCAACAUACACCUCUUGCCCCAACACUCUCAGAUGGACAACCUGAGGAAAAGACAUUGCAAACAUUAAAAAGAAAAUCCAGCCCGGAGCCCUCUACUAUGCCAGUAAAGAAAAAACGGGGCCCAAAGCCUAAACCAAAACGCUUACCACCUCAACCUCCAGUGGUGGAAGAAGUUGUUCCUACACCUAAAGAGACAACUGUUCGGGUCUCCAAAAGAAAGCGAGGGGUACCCAAAAAAUCCUCCGUGAGCAGUUCCCCAGCCAAAGAAACCCCUCCCCAUAAUAUUGAAACUGACAUAACUAGUGAUGUGCCCGUCGUACCUCCCCACUGCCCCACCAAAACAAAAGUUCUUCCUCCUCGUAAAGAGGGGCAGAAAUAUGAGGCCAUGGUGCAGAAAAUCACAUCUCCCAGCUCAAAGAAACAUCUAAUUCCCCAGACAGACAGCAAUCUGAUAGAUGAUGCGACACCAAAGGCUUUGUCUCAGCAAGCCUUAAAAGUAGAUGAUAUGCUCAUAAAUAGUACUGAGAUUAUAGAAGAAGAAGUGAAAAGCACAGAGUCUAAACAAGAGGUAAGGAAAGAACAGGAAGGGGCAGUGACAAAAGAGGAGGUGACACAAGACAGCAAAAAGCAUGAGGUGAAACAAGUGGCAUCAACACAAGAGAUGGACAGACAAGAAGUUGAAGAAGAGGUUGUAAAUAAGGAAGAAGUGAAACAGGAAAACAUUAAAUCAACCACACAGCAGAAUGUUGGAAAGGAUAAGGUUUGGAGUUCAAAAGAGGCACCAGUAGAGGUCAGGGCUUCAGGAGAGUGGACAAAACAGGCCUCAGCAGAUGUAUCUACUACAGCUAUAAAAUCUGCCAGAACUAAAAGGAAGAGAUGGGCCAUGGUGGAGAGUACAGAUGCUUCAGUGGUUGCUCUGGAAGCAGGGAGCUUAAUAGUCACAACACCGAGGCUAGCCAAACAGAGGGCCAUUAAAAACAACCAUGAGAUGCACCUAAAACAGAGAAGGAAGAAGAGAAAAAGCCAAGCAUCCGUUGAAGAAACAGAGUCAGACACUAAGGCCAAUAUUGAGAUGAACAUUGAAAUGACAGAGGAACAACCGCAGGAGAUUGUAGAAGAGAAGGUAGAGGUAGAUGUGGAGGCAGAGUCAGCAGUACCUCCGCCUACAAUCCCAGAUGAGAUCAUAGAGUCCUCCCUGGUUAGCAGCACAGAACUCCUCCAGAAACCUAAGAGAGGCAGAAAACCAUCAACAAGUCAAAGCAAGGGGAAACGAGGAAAACCUUCAUUAGAGCAAGUUCCUGGCAAGCAAAUAAAGAUCCACAAAAAGCCCGGCCCAAAGCCGGGGAUGAAGGAUGCCAUUGAGGUUAUUGAGGCUGUAAUAAGGGCUGCAGGGUGUGAACAAGCUGAAAAAGAGGAAAAAGAAAAAGAGGAAAGGGAACGCAAGGAAAAAGAUGAGACGGAAAAAGAUGAGACGGAAAAAGAUGAGACAUGCACUGUGGGUCCUGUAGUGACAAUAACAGAGAAACGGACUGAAAUCAUAACUGUGAAAAGAAUCAGACGUAAACCAGUCCAACAAAACUCCAAACUGUCUUUCUGUCCGUAUGUGCGGCUCAACAACUCUAGAGACUUUUCCUCUUGGUGUGCUGUAGUCAACAGGCCGGAGGAUGCACUAGUAUUUCAGAGACGAAGAAAAAAGGGCAUACUUAGAAUGAGGAAUCCUUUUACAGUUGCGAAAGUAGUGCCACACACUGCAGCCAUGCUGCAGGGACCCUUAGUAAAUAAAGAACUGAUCGAAAGGUGUCUCAAUUGUUGCCUGUGUGGAAAGCCAGCAAAUUACAGAGACCUGGGUGAUUUGUGUGGACCCUACUAUACAGAAGAUGGCAUUCCACGGAAGAUUUUGACAAGCAGUCACACAGAGUCCACCAGGGAAAUCCCAGAGAAGGCCAAUAAUAGUGAUAGUAGUACAAGUGAAGAACCCAGCAGCUCCUCAAAGGAUAAGGGAGAGGGCAGCACAGAAAAGGAGGGCAAUACAGAGUCAUCCGCUCAAGAAGGCAGUAGUAACAGGCAACACCACUGGCGCUAUCGGCGGGCAGAAAGAACAGAAAGAGUGGCUCGGGAAGGUGGUCCACGACGAUUAACCCUCAGAGAGAGAUUCCAGAGGAUAAAGCAGCUCCAGGCCACCAGGCCAGGGACCAGUGACCAAGAGGACAAUGACAGCAUGUUCCAAAGGCUACAAAUGGAGGCAGAGGCUAAGGAGCACUGGGCCCAUGAAAACUGCACCAUCUGGACCAAGGGGAUAAUUAUGGUAGCGGGGAGGUUAUACGGACUGAAAGAAGCUGCCAAGAGCUCAGCCCAAACGAGCUGCUACAAGUGCCAGAUUGUGGGGGCGUCCCUCAGCUGCUGUUGGAGAGGCUGCUCUCAUAAAUACCACUAUGUCUGCGCCAAAGAGAUAGGCUGCACAUUCCAUGAAGAUGACUUCUCCAUCAAAUGUCCAAAACACGAGGAUCUGUAAGAUAUACCAGUAAACGACUUCCACCACAGACCCCACCUCUGAACCAGGCAAGCGCCACCUAUCCAGCAAGGCAAAGAAAAAUGCUGUCCUAACAUCCACCUGUAUCUAAAAAACAUGGUGAUGACUGAUGGACAGCUGCGUCAGUAGGUGAAACUAUUUGGAGGUAAAAGGCUGCACUGAGGUGGAGCAAACUCUGGAGAAUGGCUCCACAGAGAAUAGCUGCUCCCUGAACCCACCCUGGAAAUGUGUUUUCUCAACUCAGCCCCUUCCUGGAAGGCAGUAUGCAGCGGUACUGUUUAACAGGAGGACAGACUGCGCUUUAGAGACUGUGUGCCUAGGGCCCAGUGCACAGGGGGCUGCUUGAAAUGCAGAGCAAGGAAUGUGUGUGUGUUCUGCCUUCGGAUGGGUUGCUAUCGUAUUCAGACACCUGGCGGACACUGAUUGGACAGGAGCAUCCCUCUGGCCACCUUGUCAGUGGGCCACGAGGUGUGUGUAUGCGAGCGUGUGUGUGUGUGUGUGUCUGUGUGUACAGAAUUGUCAUUCUACAGCCACAUCAUCAGUGUGUUUGUGUAUAUGUGUCUGUGUGAGUGAAGAAAUGCAUCUCCAAUUCAAGAUGUCAUGCAUCAAAAAAACAGCAGCCAACUACUGGAUGUACUAUCUUAAUGUGUACAUUUGUGUUUGAAACAACAAACAAAAUUAAACAAAAAAGGAAAAUGUACAUGAUAAUGUGCUUUACAGGUUCUAAAUAUUCUCAUAUUGAUGAGUAAGAAAAAAAUGGAAGCAGUAUUUUACUAUAAUGCUCUUAUCUUCGGAGAUGUAUUUUGAUGUGCAUUAUGACUAUACAACAUCAUUGCGUCAUCCUUGGUAUCUGUCAGGCUUUGUGUUCUUCAGAGAAGAAAAAAGAAAUAUGAAAAACAUGAAAAAAGUUGAACUCUGCUCAAGAGUGUUACUCCCAUCAACUGUGCACAUUCAGUAUGUACAAAAGACACUGGCAUCAUCACUUGUCAGGUUGCAGAUCAGUACUCCAUCCAGGAGUCUGGUCAUCUCACUCCAUAUCUAUGUACAGUUCAGAAAUAUUACUGUUAAACAUUGCCAUGAUGUAUGAUUAUUUCGCCUACCACAGCUGUGCAGAAAGAUAUACAUUGAACUCAGAUUUCAUAGCGCACCUGUCUGUUUGUGUAUCUCAAAUGUAGCCUCUUUCACUCUGCCAUGCUAUGUAAUAACACCCUGUACAGGGUGUCAGUUUAAGUACUGGUCAUAUCAAAAGGAGACAUAUUUAACUAUUAGAGCAUAAAAGAAAGUGCAAAAACGCCACACCAAACUUUCUCUUUUAUGAAGCUCAUUAUUUAAUGGUGUAUAUAAGUAUUUGAUGCUGUUUAAAUGUAAGAUGUGAUGUACUAAUAUAAUUGUGUAUAGUAUUUCCUAGAGAUGUUUAUUUUCUAUAAAAUGGAAUAUGUUAUUGCUUAUAAAAUGUUAUUAAAAGAAUCCAUUGAUGAAAAAAUAACAAUCUUUUUUGGGAAUGUCACUUGUCUUAAGUUGGAGCAUGCAGUUUUAUUGAUUUUCAUGUCUAUUUGUUUGGACUCGAUGACACAGCAUCACUUUGUUUGAAAUGUUUUUUGUAACGCCAAUGUUAAAUAUACCAGCACCUUUCAAUGCUGCUACGACCAA